AUGUCGUCGCCGACCACGACCAGAGCAAGACCCAGACGCGCUUCACGCGCUGCAGUAGCGACCUCUAUCGACGAAAAUGGACCUUCGAGUGACGCUGUCAUGACGGAUGAAGACGCCCCGGCUGCCCUAAAACCAGCAGCGAAGAGCCAAGUCAAAAGGCGUGGACGGAAGAGCCAAAAGGUUAUUGAAUCGGAUGAAGAAGAGGACGAAGAUGGAUAUGAGCGAGGGAAGAGUUCAACCAUGGCCUAUGCGGCCACGCCAGAGCAGAGUCAAGGAGAAGGAACACUACCAGCUCAGGAGAUGGAUAACGGGGAUAUUUCACUUGGAUUAUUCGAGGACGAUGCCAUGGGUUCAACCACGCCACAGGUUCCUCCAGGUGUCAGCCCUCUCAAGAAGAACGGAGCCAUGAUGCGGAGGACGAAAAAGAAGGCUGCUUCUGCUACACCUUCUAGGGGUGAAGAUGGAAAGAUGACAGAUUCAAACACCAUGGACGUCACAGAGAGCCAAGCGUCCACGAAUGCCGUGGGCGAGUCGCAAGCGGUGAUUGGACAAGCCAACGUGUCGACUCCUAAUCCUACGUCAAAAGCGUCGAUAUCUACACCAGGUACACUUUCUAGUCAGCCAGAAGGUACGACGAAGCGAAAGGAAAUGGAGGGCGGUAGCAGUGCUCCCGAGCGGCCAGCCAAACGUGCCAAACUUCCUCCGAUAAAGAAACACGCUGUGACGCCUGGAAGUGGUACACCAUCUGGGAGUACGGUGGACAAGCUUGCCGGAAAGAUUGGACGCGAAAGACAGAUAGUGGACGGUCCAGUCACGAAUGACAUUGACCUCAGGAAUGAGGAUGCAUUUGCACAGCUCUUUAAAAAGUCGGGUACGGGGAAAAGCGAGGCUCGAUACGACUUGACGACCUCGGAGAAGAUGGAGCAAAAGAAGGCAGAGCUGAGUCGACUCAGAGAAGAAUACGUUACAAAGAAGAACAAAGCAAAGGCAAGCUGUCCUAUACGAGACUUACAAUGA